ACUAAAUAUAAGUCCUCCUUUUGUAUCUGUUCCUUUAUGUUUCCAAGAUACAUCACUUGGCAAGUGUUUGGGAGUGCAUAACCCAGAAUAUUAUCCAUGGUCAUUUUAAGGUCUUCCCAAUACUUUUUAAUUUUUAUGCACUUCCAGAAUACAUGUGAAUGAUCUGCUUCUGUUUCUCCACACAGUCUCCAACAUUUCUGUGGACUUGAGAUCUGUUUACUUUUAAUUUGGGGUGUAAUGAAAAAACGUGUCAAAUUUUUCCAGCAAAAUUCCCUCCACAACGGCGAAUUCGUUGUGCUGUGUUGUAUUUCACACAUACUGACCCAUUCAUUUUAUAUCUUAUUAUAGAUAUUAGUUUUAGAUUGAUUCUGGAGGAUUUUUAGCCUGCUUUACUUUAACGUUGCUUUACCUGCCGUAACUUACCCUCUGAUUUCUCUUCCUUUUGUCUCCAUCUAUCGGGCUCAGUGAGCAACUUCUCUAAAAUUGGCUAUCACUUAAUGGUUUUUGGCCUCGUUUAAUUGAGCAAGAGCUGUAGUUUUCUAGCAGUAAAAUAAACAGAGACAAAAACAUUAAAAAUGUGUUCGCCGGGUGCCGUUUUUGUUAAUAUAUGUUUGGUUUAUCAACCGCUUGUUUUCGGAGUUGUCCGUCCGGCAUAACAGUCCGACUGGAAACACGGGUUGUGUGUAGUAGGGAAGCUGCUACCAGAUGGACGGUGUGCCAUGCCUUCGUGUGCCUCAGUGUCAGGCUCAGAAGCUCAGGAGGUCACUACAGUCCAAAGGGGCUCUGGACCUGAGUUUGAGUUUAGUGAAAGACUCAGAUGGGACAGUCCUCCUGCCCAUUUUAGCAUCCUGUUUGUCCCAGCUCGAUCUUCAGUCUUUCAGGACCACUGUGGCUUCAGAUGAUGCUUGUGAAGUAGUUUGGAGUAAGUCUGCUCUACAGUCAAAAAAAGAGAAAGGAAGGGCGAGUGGUAGUAAACUGGAGAAAGUCCUCCAGGAGCUGUUGGAGUCUCAUGGUGAAAGAUGGACAGAAGAGCUGAAGAGAGACCUCCCUCGCAGUUUCCAGCGACAUGGAGACCUAGUCCUGCUGGGAGACACUUGUUUUGUUCUGCCGUUAUGGGAAAACAUGGAUCAACAGCUUUGGAGCACAGUGGCCAGAGGACUGGGAGCAAAGCGCCUAGCAAAGAUCAGGAGAAUUUCAAGAGAUGGAUUUAGAUCUCCUGAGGUGACGAUGCUGCUAGGAGAGCACAGCUGGGUCAAACAUGUAGACAAUGGCAUUAGUUAUGAGUUUGAUGUUACCAAGUGCAUGUUCUCAGCUGGAAACAUAACAGAGAAGCUCCGGGUGGCUGGAUUUGACUGCAGAGGGGAGACUGUAGUGGAUUUAUAUGCAGGUAUUGGAUACUUCACUCUCCCAUAUCUGGUGCAUGCAAAGGCCAGUCACGUUCAUGCUUGUGAGUGGAACCCCAACGCUGUCGAAGCUCUAAAGAAAAACCUCGAGGCAAACGGAGUGUCUGACCGCUGUACGAUUCACCAAGGAGAUAAUCGCCAACUCCAGCUGUGUGGCGUCGCUGACCGAGUGAACCUGGGUCUCAUACCGAGCUCUGAGGACAGCUGGUCUGUCGCCUGUCGACUGCUCAGGAGAGCAACAGGAGGCAUUUUACACAUACACCAGAACGUUACCUCGCCGGUACAGCACAGUACAGCCAGCGAUGCCCCCCAGAAGGUUUCUGGGAAAAAAGCAGACAGAGAGGUGUGGCAGGCCUGGGCCGAUGACACAGCAAAGCACAUCGCUUCUCUUUUAAAGGACUUCACUAGUACACAGUGGACAACAAACAUCCAGCACAUAGAGCACGUUAAGUCAUAUGCACCUCAUGUUCACCAUGUCGUGCUGGACUUGGAGUGCAGGCCUUCCAGAGAAAGUAAUCAUCACAAAUACUAAACAGACACUGUGGUGUUCAACAAACAGAAGUUACUAACCAAACCCUACACAAGCUGGUUUAAUCAUUUGUCAGGCUGUGACAAACCAACCGCAGACAUUAUUUAUCCAGAGGCCUGCACUACAAAGCAGGAUUAGUGGCUUAGCAACGUGACUUUGGGGUUAACCCUGGGUCUCCAGUCUUGCAAAGGUGGUUCAGUUCUUACUCUGGGUGCGUUGCCAGGGUAACUUAUGCUGAUGACCUUACCUCGUGGAAAAGCCUUUUGGGUUGAAACAUCUGGAAACCGAUCUCAAGACUGCAUUUUAGGUGGUUCUAGGUUUGUUGACAGUUGAUGUAGAUGCCUCCUUUAACAGUGCAAUCUUUAAAAGACUUUCCUUUUUCCUUUAGGUGCAGAUGUGCUGAGUUCUGAUGAGGUGGCUCUCAUAAGUUGUGCCAUGCAUUUUUUGUUUUUGUUUUUUUGGUUUAAAUUUUUUAUAAUUUUUUUUAAAUUUACUUACAUUAAGAUUGCUGUGAAAGGAAGAAUAAGGUUAAAAUCAUCUUGCACACAUCAAACAGUAGCUUGUAAUUUAACAGAAUAUGCAGUUGUAGUCAUGUGAGACUCUUGAAUGUCCUGGAGCUUUAAUAUUGAUUAAUCUGUGAACUUACACAUCUUGUAAUACAACGCGUUCCUAAUACAGCUGCUUUGCCUACAGUGGCUGUAUUGCUGUAAAGCCUGUAUUACUAGACGCGUUUAACUUCCUCAUAUGUUUCUAAUAUUAUACCUUGCUCAUCUUAAAAUAUGCACUCUUCUGGCAUGGACAUCCAGAUGCAUGUUUUUCUUUCAUGUGAACAUGCUCGUAGCUGGAUUAUGGGAAACACUGGGUUGACAUGUUGAGUUUAUAACCACCUUCGUAGGACUGCCUCAUCUUGUGGCUAAUGUACGGAGAUGUGAACUUGCUUUGAAUGUAAUACAGGCCUCAGGUUGACUGCCUCACUUUUGUGCAAGGGACUUAUGACCAGCGCUGGAAAUUCCUUGUUCAUGGGAAUUAGUUGCAAUCCCCAAUCCCUUUCACGAGUGCACCAAAGUCACAGUGUUACCAGCGAGCAACUAGACAGUCUGGCUGUGCCUUGCUCAAGAGCAGCUCAUUGUUGUGUUUGAUUACUAGUACAGUCGAGGGUUGCUGCAUUGGAAAGCAAAUACACUAUUAUCACUGUUAUUCUGCAUUAGUCAUAAAUCUGGCAUGAUUGAAGAUCCACAACCCUCCUUGUUGUUGUUGUUUGUUUGUUUUUGUUUGCUUUAAAGGGGGAAUGUUUUAUUACCAUGACCUAUAUGAAUGACAGAUUAAAGGAAAAGCCUGAAUAAAUGUCUGCAGAAUGCAGUUUUCAUA